UCCAUCCAUCUCUAGCUUCAGCUCAGGGGAGACCGGUGCAAAGACCACUGAUUUGGAAGUGAGGAGCCCCGAGUCAGAGAUAGACUCUGCCAGUUCCCAGCUACGCGACCCUGACUUUCUUUCUUGGAGUUUGAUUCCUCAUCUGUAAGAUGAGACUGAGGACCAGAGAGGGAAAGUGACUUCCUCAAAGUCACAGAGUAAUUGGGAGAGCUGGACAAGAACCUAAGCCUGUAACUGAAGAGACCAGAGAUCUUUCUCUUACACUCUUGGGAAGCAGAUCGCAAGCUCUUUGCAGACUUUUUUGUGAGGAAAAAAAUGCCCAAAGUCAAAAGAAGCCGGAAAGCUCCCCCAGAUGGUUGGGAGUUGAUCGAGCCAACUCUAGAUGAAUUAGAUCAAAAGAUGAGAGAAGCUGAAACAGAACCCCAUGAGGGGAAGAGGAAAGUGGAAUCUCUGUGGCCCAUCUUCAGGAUCCACCACCAGAAAACCCGCUAUAUCUUUGACCUCUUCUACAAGCGGAAAGCCAUAAGCAGAGAGCUAUAUGAAUAUUGUAUUAAAGAAGGCUAUGCAGAUAAAAACCUCAUCGCAAAAUGGAAAAAGCAGGGCUAUGAGAACUUAUGCUGCCUGCGGUGCAUUCAGACACGGGACACCAAUUUUGGGACAAACUGCAUUUGCCGGGUCCCCAAAAGCAAGCUGGAAGUGGGCCGGAUCAUCGAGUGCACACACUGUGGCUGCCGGGGCUGCUCUGGCUGAGGCCCCUGGCCCUCACCCAUCUCCACCCUGGACUUUGGACUUC